CUCAUCGCCAUUUUGCAAAGCAGAAGAAGAAGUGAGAGCAGGAGGAAGAAAUCAGAAAAAAUCUCUUGUAUAACUAUUAAUCUGUAAAAAAUGGCUGCAUCUCAGCAAUCACAAGCCGGAAUUCCAUAUUUGGGUAGUCGAAUCAGUCUCAUAUCAAAAGCACAAAUUCGAUAUGAUGGUAUACUAUACACAAUUGAUCCCAACGAAUCUACUGUUGCUCUGGCUAAAGUGCGCUCAUACGGAACAGAAGAUAGGCCAACUGAUAGACCAGUACCUCCUAGAGAAGAAAUAUACGAAUAUAUAAUUUUCCGAGGAUCUGAUAUAAAAGAUAUACACGUUUGUGAACCACCAAAGCCACAAGGUCCGUUUCCUCAUGCAUCUUUACCUCACGAUCCAGCUAUUGUUAAGUCGUCACAGCCAGCACAACCUACUUUUGCACCUUCUGGUUUAACAGCAGCAGCAUCCGGUGCGUCUAACGCGACAAGCCCUUUGCAAAGUCGCGAUAAGUCGGAAUACGCUCCCCCCAUCCCUUCUUCCCCGCAACAACCCCCCCAGGUUCAAUCACCAGCGGUCAAGUUUUUUAAGCCAACCCUCGAUCAAGGUGUGCAAGUUAGCAUGAGAGUUCCAUUUAAAGUUUCAAGUAGUGGACACCACGGAGGAAAAUAUACAGAAAGAGAUCAGAGAAUGAAAACAGACGACUCGCAAAGAAGGGGAGGGCAUCCCAAUCGUGGGCGUGGCGGUAAUAAUAUGAGAGGCUUUUCGGGAGUUCGAGGUCAGGUAUAUAGACAACAAAGUGGCCCAAGAGGUCGAGGUGGUUCCAGUGCUGGUCGUGGAGGAAGAGACUCGAGAGAAAGAAGCAAAUUUGAUUCAGAUUUCGAUUUUGACGAAGCAAAUGCUAAAUUCAGUAAAGAAGAAUUGGAAGAAGAAAUAAAGAAAAAGUUAACAAUUACCGACGGUGAAAAAGAAACUAAGGAAGAAGAAGGUAAAGAAACAGAAGAAUCUGUUUAUUAUGAUAAAAAGAAAAGCUUUUUCGAUAAUCUUUGCGACGACACCGGUGAGGACAAAGAAAGACCCAAUUGGAGAGAAGAACGAAAGCUGAAUUCUGAAACUUUUGGGGUAUCUUCGGUUAGACGGGGUAGAGGGGGCGGUUUCCGACCGGGCUCAGGAAACUUCAGAGGGGGAAGAGGAUAUAGGGGACGUGGUGGCGGUCGAGGAAGCUACAACAACUUUAGAGGAACUGGUAAUGGAAACAACGGAGGUUUUCGACAAAGUCGCAGGGGGUGGGUAGACUAUGAAUAUGAUAUUCCUGAGAAACCUUCGACAAAAAAUCCAUCGAGUAAUUAA